UGUCCUGUCUUGGGUGGUACUCCAUCCGAUAACCCAAACACAUAUAUAAUGUUGGUGUAGAAUCUGUCGACCAUCUCAUGUCUUUCGUUUAUUCUUAACCUCAGUAACACAAACUUUGCGGAGAGAGAAAGCAAGUGCAAAGAAGCAUUCAAUAAAUCAAUCACUAAUUCUAUCAAAUUUCACCACCACUAAUCCAAUCCAAUAAUUCGCCGGGAAAUAUGGUGAUGAUCAGAGUUCGCAGCCGUGACGGUGUCGAAAGAGUUACAAUCGACAACCCUAACAUUACAAUCGCCGAACUCAAAACCCUAAUUGAGUUACAGCUUCAUGUACCGCUCUCAAAUCAAACAAUAUCGCUCCAACAAAAUCUGUUGUUGGCCAAAAACCCCGCCGAUCGAUCGCGGUUUUCGGAUAUGGCGAAUCCUGAUAUUCGAUUGUCAUCUCUCGGUAUCGGGCAUGGAUCCCUUAUCUAUUUGUCGUAUGAUGGGGAGCGUGAGAUUGUUGCUGCUGCUCGUCGUCCGAGUAUAACUCCAGCAGGGUCGUUCGGGAAGAAGAUGACAAUGGAUGAUUUGAUUGCGAAACAGAUGAGGGUGACACGGCAGGAAGCGCCUCAUUCACAGCUUGUGUCGUUUGAUAGGGAUGCUGCUAAUGCAUUCCAGAGUUAUGUGAAUGAAACCCUAGCGUUUGCGGUGAAGCGAGGCGGGUUUAUGUAUGGGACCGUUUCGGAGGAUGGGAAGGUGGAGGUGGAUUUUAUUUAUGAGCCGCCGCAGAUGGGGGAGGAGGAAAGGUUGCUGCUGAUGAGGGAUAGUGAGGAAGAGAAGCUCGUCGAUGCGAUUGCCACGGGUUUGGGGAUGAGAAAGGUUGGAUUUAUAUUUACUCAGGCUGUUGGGCAGGACAAGAAGGAUUAUACGAUGUCGUAUUUGGAGGUUGCUCAGGCUGUGGAGUUCCACGCUGAGAGUGGGUUGAAGGAGUGGGUGACAGCUUUAGUGAAGCUCAAGGUUAAUGAUGAUGGUGUGGCUGAUGUGCAUUUUGAGGCCUUUCAGAUGAGUGAUAUGUGUGUUCGGCUUUUUAAGGAAGAUUGGUUCGAUUUCGAGCGUGGCAAGGAGGGGGAAGAGGUUGAUUCUAAGGUAUCCCGGAUGAAGGAGGAUGUUGUUGUUGGUGGGAAGGAUGUUAUAGAGGUGGAUAAUGAUUUCUUCUUGGUUGUCGUCUCGAUUUUCGAUCAUCAGGGCCCCCUUUCAUCAACAUUCCCAAUAGAGAACAGGAACUUUCCGGUUACAACAAAGGCUGUGAAGACUCACCUUGAGCGAACUAAAUCUCUUCCGUUUGUGAAGAGAAUAUCUGAUUUCCAUUUGCUGCUCACCUUGGCUAGGUUUCUGGAUAUAAAUGCCGAUAUUCCAGCGUUAACCCAGUGUGUACACUCACAGACAGCUGUCCCUGAAGGAUACCAGCUUUUGAUAGAGUCCAUAGCAAAUGCUGGUGUGUGAUUUUCCCAGCAACAGAAGUUGGUUGCUUCAUUUCACUGCACUAAUCAUAUGCUGUUUCCAUGAUGGUUCAUGGGGCCUUUAUUGAGGCUGUCACCCUGUUAUGCCUUAGUUGAUGCAGAGUACAGUGGUUAAUGGAGCAACUACAUGGUCAUCUGUGUUCCAAAACAGACCUUGAUCCUGCAGUGAUGUCUCACUUUAUUGUCAAGAGUGCCGUGUUUAUGACUUUAUGAAUUUGAGGAUCAGAAAAAGGUCUUUCAAAAUUUGCAACAAUGUUGCUUCAGAAGUUGCACUUUCAUGAUGUCAUUGUAUAAAUUAUAUUUUUAUUGCGUUUACUAUGCCAUUGCACAAUUUAGAAUCAGGUAAAUAUAACAUAGCAAAAUUUCUGGGAACUGCAUAUUGCAUAACACUUUGAAGAACUGGUUAUUUUAAUUAAUAAAUUGUACCUUAUUCACUAAA